AUGGAACUAGCAAAGGCAACCAUAGCAGCUUGUCAAUUCCACCAACACCACCACUACCAGAACAGCAAGUGCAUCAAGAUCUUUUGGGGCUUGACGAUUCUCCUCCUACUAACUCUAUCCAAUCAGUCAGCUGCAUCAGAUGCCAACAUCGUCAAGAGCUUACCAGGCUUCCCCGGGGAGCUACCUUUCCUACUCGAGACAGGGUACAUAGGCGUAGGGGAAGUAGAUGAGGUUGAGCUAUUUUAUUACUUCAUAGAGUCAGAGGGGGAGCCAGAAGAUGAUCCACUCGUGCUUUGGCUCACAGGAGGCCCUGGUUGCUCAGCCCUCUAUGGUCUCAUGUAUGAGACUGGUCCAUUAUCUUUCGAUUACGGAAGGUCUAGUGGGGGAAACAAACCAGUUUUAACUUUGAACGAUUACUCAUGGACUAAGGUUGCCAACAUUAUCUUCUUGGAUGCGCCCGUUGGCACGGGAUUUUCAUAUGCCAAAACUUCAUCUGGAUACAGCACGAGUGACACAAAGUCAGCUGCAGACAUUUAUAUGUUUCUGAGAAAGUGGCUUGUGGCUCACCCUAGGUUUCGUGCAAAUCCUCUCUACAUUGCUGGUGAUUCUUAUAGCGGAAUCACGGUUCCAGUCCUUGUUAAAGAAAUCUCUGAUGGUAACAAAGCUGGAACAUUGCCACCCAUCAGUCUCAGAGGUUACAUUCUAGGAAACCCAUUAACUGAUAUCGGAUAUGAUAUAAACUCGAGGGUUAAGUUUUCCCACAGAGUUGGACUUCUAUCUGAUGAACUCUAUCUGGCACUGGAGCUUUCUUGUAAAGGAGAGUAUGUUCGCCCAAAUAAAAGUGAAGGUGCAUGCAUCAGCAAUCUUGAGAUAAUGGAUCUGUGCUUGAAAGACAUAUUCACUCCGAUGAUAUUGGAGAGAAAGUGUAGCCCGUUCUCAUCAGCAAAGCCGAACAACAUUCUUAAGUGGGGUUCAACCACAACCCCAUCUUCAGAUACACUUCUUUUAGAACUUCGACGCAGCAGGCUGACUUUGGUGGCUAAUUUUGAUGUACAUGACUAUGACUACUUGUUAGUAAACAUCUGGGCUAAUGAUGGAGAAGUUCAAGAAGCUCUGCAUGUUAGAAACGGAACUAUAAAAACGUGGGAGAUGUGUAGUAAAAACUUAGCUUAUGUGCAUGACAUAACAAGUAGUGUUGAAUAUCACCUUAACUUUACCAGCGAAGACCUUAGAGCCAUCAUUUACAGCGGAGAUCAUGAUCUGAUUGUUCCAUAUGUGGGCACUGAGGAAUGGAUACAAUCUCUGAAUUUGACUGUUUCUUCCGAUGAUGUGUGGAGGCCAUGGUUUCAGGAUGGACAAGUUGCAGGUUACACGGAGAUAUACACAAAGAAUAAGUACGUGAUGACAUUUGCUACUGUGAAGGGAGGAGGUCACACAGCAGCAGAGUACAAGCCCAAGGAAAGCUUUAGCAUGAUUAGCAGGUGGCUUUCUUAUUACUAUGUUUAG